AGCCCAUACCUACAUGAUUUCACAAAGCCCUAAAAACCUCUUCCAUGGACAUUUUCUCUAUAUAAUAUUGUUAACGGUUAACCCUAUUAGUCUUUUCAUUUCGAUUUCUCCAAUUCACGCCGGCUCCAUUCCCUCACAUUCCUCCAUUCCAAUCAUAGAAGACUGAGAAGAUGUGUCGAGGAGCAGUAGCCGGUGCCAAAGGCAAGAAGAAGGGUGCUUCCUUCACAAUCGAUUGUACAAAGCCUGUUGAAGAUAAAAUUAUGGACAUUGCUUCUCUUGAGAAGUUUUUUCAGGAGAGAAUCAAGGUUGGUGGUAAGGCGGGUGCGCUCGGAGAUACGGUUACAGUUACUCGUGAGAAGAGCAUGAUUACUGUUAAAUGUGACAGUAAUUUCUCCAAGAGGUACUUGAAGUAUUUGACCAAAAAAUACUUGAAGAAGCAUAAUGUGCGAGAUUGGCUUCGUGUCAUUGCGUCUAACAAGGAUCGCAACGUAUAUGAGUUGCGGUAUUUUAACAUUGGUGAGAAUGAAGCUGAGGAAGAAGAGUAGACUUUGGAGAUUUUGCCUAGAAUUUAACUUCAACAAAGCAACACAUCAAUUAAAAGACUUGCUGAAUUGCGAAUAUUCUCACUUGUUCAUCUUAUUUGCUAUAACGAAUUUAUUUACUGUUUUAUGUACUUUAUUUGUUGGAUUUUGUUGGUUUUUUUGAAGUUAUGGUUUAAUGAUUUUAGGAUUUUUUAAAUUAGAUUCUUUUGGUUUAGGGUUUAUUAUGUUUUUAAUAUGUUUGAUGGAUGAGUGAAUAUACUUUGAAGGGCUGAACUCAACACGAAAAUAUCAGGAAGGGUUAGGUGUUAAAAUAUUGAGAAAGAGAUGAUCGUUAGAGGUCCACACAAUUUUCAUGGACCAUACGACUAGUUAUGAAUAAAACGGUCUUUGUCCACCACUAUAUCAACUCGAAUUCUUAGAUGCAUAUUU